AGAUAUUUAUGUAAAAUAGAGAGGAUUGAAAGAUGGUGAAUAAAUAUUCUCCUUCUUUAAAGGUAUUACGCCGUAUUAAACCAGACUUAGAACAUAUCUUCUGGGAUAGCCAAAGUACCUGUGAUACAACUGAAUCAAGCGAGGGUACAUCUCCCAGUAAUAUCACAUUAGGUGAAAUAUUGGACUUGAAAUUUGUUCUCAGCAAUGGUACCAAAAGUAAGUUUUCGGAAGUAACACUCAAGGUCGAAAUUGCUAUGGAAUUAGCUAAUCAUGAACCUGAAGUGGCUGUUCUCUUUGAAGAUUUAGUACUCAGCCCUGAUGAAACACCAAGUGAAACUGAUUUUAGUUACACAUUUGAGCGUAUAUCGCAAUAUAGAAUGACAAUUUCUCUUUGCUACAAAACGGAGAAGUCGGCAACGGGUACCAUAGGCAAGGUCCACACUUGGCAGUGUGGUAAUCCUCUCUUAUUGAAUCACAAAGCCGUUGUACUUCCAGAUGGAAGAACAUACUUGGAAACCAAAGUCGAUAAUCAUUCGGAAUGUGAAAUUACACUGAGCAACAUGCGAUUGAUCAAUAAGGCAGAUGAAAUCUGUCUAUUUCCCAUGAAUAAAUCGGAGAAUAAAGGCAAUAAUAUCUACAAUAUUUUUCCGGGUGGUUCUUACAGUAUAAUUUUUUCAAAGGAAUAUCCAAAAAAUCAUUUUGAUGAUUUUCAUGUAUCAUUCGCUUGGAAAUCAAGUACCAAUGAAAGUGGCUCUAUAACAUCUAAAGUAGACGCAUUUAAUAGAAACAACAAGAUUGUAUACAAGGUUAUCAGAUGUCCCAGUAUUGUAAAGAUCAACGAACCCUUCAAUCUCCAAAUAUCUGUCGAGAAUACAAGUAGUUCUCCGCUAAACUGUAGCAUAAAACUUGACGAGAAACUUCUAAAGCCAUUUUUUGCCCAAAUAAAUGAUACGCUGGAGGUUGGAAAAGUCAUAAAUGAUGAACAAAAGAUCGUAGAUAUUCCUCUAUUAUGUACAUCCAAUGGACUAUGCAAUGUUCGUGGUAUAGAAAUACAUUGUGGAGAGUCUAUAGUUUCCGUAGAUACUGUAGAAAUCCUUGUAUUAUAGUGCCUUCCUGGAAGGUCUGUC